AUGGUGAGGUUCCGGAAACGAAAGAUUGAAGAGAGCGGGUGCGAUAUCGAUUAUAGCGAACGCGAAACCUACGAGAAGAAGUUCCCACGGUGGCAGGAACACUAUCCAAGAAAAAAGCUUUUGCAGAGUUGUCAAGAGCAUCGGGCACUCCGAACCACUGGUGGAGGUCGGAAGAGAGACUAUUGGGAAUAUUCUAGCGACCCUCCUAGCGAAAGAUGGUUCAACGAACGGGAAGAGUUUCAGAUUCCCUCAAGUAAAGUAUCGUUUCUCACUCCUGCCGAAGAGAAAGAGCGUAGGAGGGUUUCACGUAUCGACUUUGCCUCGAGAAACGUAGGCUACAUUUUGCGCCUAUCCGAAAAGCUUCGAGGAGGUUAUUAUCAAUGUGCCGUUGACGAGAGUGAACCAUUCGUGGUUGGUUCUCGAAACUAUAUAGUUACUCUUCUAUUUGACGAUGGUACCAAAUGGUUACUCAAGACUGCACAACCACAUCAUGAAUGGGAUCAGAUGCACAUUGCGUCACCAGAAUUCAUGGUUAGAGAAAUAGCUACAAAUUUAUGGGUUUCCGAGAACACGGGUAUCCCAGUUCCUCAAAUUCGACUAUGGGACACCCGGACUACGAAAGAAAACAAAUUCGGCUGUCCUUGGUAUGUGAUGCAUAAGGUAGAGGGGGAAACAUUGAAUAAGUGCAUCGGAGCGACUCUAUGGUUAGGCUUGGAUCAGGCACAACUAGAGAUGGCGGUUCACCAACAGCUAGCCCGCUUCGCCUUGGACUUACUUAAACACCCUUCUGGGCAAGGAAGAUAUCAGUUGAAAAAGAAGGCAAGCUUCUUUCAUGGCUCGGGGAACCUACCAUCGCAGGUAGCUAUAUUAAAGUCUGCAAUAGCCGUCGGGCCUCAUGAUCAACCGAAUUUAACUUCUAGUAUCAUCAACGCCCUGGAUCGUUGUACUGCGGCCCUUGAUCAGAAUCUCGAAUAUCUUGGACCUAAUAGUAACGAAGUGAACCUUCACGCAAGGGUUUUGGGUUUUUUGAAAGAAAUAAUUCCGAAGAUUGUUGAUUCUCGGUUUGAGUCGACCUACUACCUUUAUCAUAAAGAUCUCACGGAAGACAAUAUAAUUUGCGAUAGCGACUCCUACAUCACAGGGAUAAUCGAUUGGGAGGUUGCUCGAACCAUUCCCUUGCAGGAGCUUAUUGCUCAGCCAACUACAACAGACAAUCAACUUUUGAGAAUGGCCACUGCUUUGUUUAAAAAGACUGGUGACCUGGGAAUUGUGGCGAAUGAGUGGAAGAAAUAUGAUGCGGACAACCAAAUCCUGAGGGACUCCUUCAUCAUUGCAUUUGAUCGACUAGAUGAUAGUGUCAUGGGGGAACAGACCACCCCAUGGACAGCCGGAUACAAAUAUAUUUCGGGAUUGUAUCGGAUCGCGCAUGCACUUCAAAUGAUUCGUUUCUUUUCCGAAGAUUACAAGAGGUUGCUAAACGAAGAAAAGGAUGUUCGCAUGUUCGUGCUUUUAGAAAUAGAAAAGAUAGCGAAGCGAGCUGUGAAAUUGGUUGAGAGAGAUGGGGUUCUUAUGCGCGCUGGACCGUAG